UGCGCAGCGCAUAUUUCUGUGAUACUGUGAUACCAACAUGGACGUUGAUACAGCGAGUGACAAUACGUCUAUAGACGACAAAACGGAAGAUUUUUGUGAAAAUCCGACAAGAGAUGCACUCACCGAAGGUCUUAUGGGACUUCUUAAACCCACAGUGGAUCAACUGGAUGAAAGAAUUCGUGCUACUAGGAUUAGCCAGAUCGAGUUGAAACAACAGAUUGAAUCAUUAACCGAUGAACUGCUGAAGAUAUCAGAAGUCCUACAAUGUCCUUUGGAAUUGGAGUCUUAUGUUAAGAAGCUUGUAAAUGCCAAACACAAAGUUACCAUAGUUAGUAAUAUCUUGCAAACAACACAGGAUUGCCUUAAUAAAAUUCACCAAGCUGUCGAAAGAGAUACAGUUAAGCGAAAAGCCUUGUUCGAUCAUAGUCUAUCGCACAGCACUACAGUUACUAGCAGAGAAGUGAAACAAGAUGCUGACAGUGAAAAUGUUCCAUCUACAGAAAAUUCCAACACUGAUACUGCUGUUAAAUAAUUUCUUAUUGAGAUAAUUAAAAUGUGCUAUAUGUUAAUGGACUGUUUCAUAGGGAUUUUAUAAAAAGAAUUAUAUCAAAGAUGGAAACACCAAUAGUUAAACUAUCAA